GCCACUGUUCCUGUUGCCUGUUGGAGUUGUGGACAUGGUGCCAAUACCAUAUACACAUGUGGUAGUUGGGAAUAACGGAGAUCACAAACCUUUGAAUGUAGGUACUAUAGUCUUCAUCAUUGAAACCAGAGCUAUAUUUGGUCGUGUGGAAGGGUACUCCUUUGGAUCCGUAACGAAUCCUGACUAUGUUGUGAGAUUGGUGGAUACAGAGAUGCACAACCUUCAUGGUAUAGAUCUCUCAUUCGUCGAGGAAUUUACACAACAUAUUGAUGAAGAGGAUCUCUACAAGAGAUUUCAUCAUCCAACAGGAUAUAAGUUCGACUUCUUUGAAGAAGCUGAGUGUGACCAAAUGGGAAGGGAUUCAAAUCAUUAUUAUGACUCUCAAAUGGCUCAUGUUCCUCCGCUUCAAGAUCAACAUUUCAGGAGCCGUCAGACUAUCGAACCAAACCUUGAUGCACAAGACAAUUCCAACCAACGUUUUUGUAUUCAGUAUCAACCAAUGAUAUACCAGCAAAAGCAACAAUUCAUGAGACCUCAGACUAAUCAGCAGAACCAAAUGGGCAGUGUUCCCAAUCUAGUCCACAGUCAAGCUCCAAUGAUGUACCAGCAAGAGCAGCAAUUCAUGAGACCUGAGACUAGUCAGCAGCAGAACAUAAUGGGCAAUGUUCACAGGCAAGCUCCAAUGAUGCCAAUGAUGUACCAGCAAGAGCAGCAAUUCGUGAGACCUGAGACCAAUCAGCAGAACCAAAUGGGGAGUGUUCCCAAUCUUUUCCCAAGUCAAGCUAUGACGAUGAGAGUGGCUGAUGUGGUGGUGAACCUGCGGCAGUAUUUGAGUGAUCAUAUCUCGACAAUACUGCAAGAUAGACAGUCAGGAUCAUUUUAUGUAAAUCAGAACUAUUCCAACCAACAACAGAUUGGCUUGCCCGAACCAUGGCCGGAGAUGAAUCUCAAUACCCAAACUCAGCCCACAAUGCAGUCUCAGAUAUUUAACGCUGGACCAUCUUCUUACUGCGGAAGAGGAGGUGGGAGAGGUCGAGACUAACAAAAAGCCUAAGUAAAAAAGAUUCUUGAACUUUUUUUCCACUCUUCCAUGACUGUUUUUUCAAGAUAAGCUGAAGCUUUGUUUCUUAAUGCUCUUAUUCAACUUUUAAAGCCAUAAUUUUAUGAAUUAUCUAUCAUUUUUGGUUAAA